AAAUAAAAAUAAAAUAAAUUUGCUAAAUUUUCCAACAGAAAUUAAGAAAAAUUGAAGCAUGGUGGUGGCAGCAUCAUGCUUUGGGGCUGUUUUUCUUCAGCUGGAACUGGGGCCUUAGUCAAGGUAGAGGGAAUUAUGAGUUCCAAACAGGGGCGGACUGACCAUUUGGAAACUUGGGCAUUGCCCGAGGGCCCGGGUUGGUCAGUAGGGGGCCCCAUGAGAUGCCCCUGGUACCUUUUUCAUAGGCUUUUUUGAGUUUGGGCAAGGACACAGGGGCCCCAUGAUCCCCUAUUGCCCGGGGGCCCCAUGAGUUGUCAGUCCAACUGGUAUAUUGACUGGU